AUGGCCGAAAUUAGAGCGUUGACACUAAAUACCUGGGGUAUAAAGUAUAUCACGCCGCUUCGCGAACAGCGGCUCCACGCGAUUGGCAAUCGACUCAGCAACCCCACCAACGACUCUGAGGAGGAGUACGAUAUUGUAGCAUUACAGGAGUUGUGGGUGCUCGCGGAUUGGGAGUAUAUCAGUCAGACAUGUGCCGCAAAGUACCCGUACCGCCGCUACUUCUACUCGGGAAAGCUCCUUGGUCCAGGCUUGGCCAUUCUCUCCAAGUACCCCAUUAAGGAGACCUUUUUUCACGCGUUUCCCAUAAACGGGAGACCCUCUGCUGUUAUUACAGGCGACUGGUAUACCGGGAAAGGGGUGGCUGUAGCGGUGCUAAAGCUUGACGAAUCCCGGGAGAUUGCGGUUCUCAACACCCAUCUACACGGGCCCUACAGUCACGACGUGUCCCAUGAUGCAAACUAUUUGUGCCAUCGGACGUGCCAAGUAUGGGAUCUCACCAAGUUGGUGAACUUUAUGGCCGCGCCCCAGCGGGCGGUUAUGGUGCUCGGAGAUUUGAACUCCACCCCAAACUCCUUACCCUAUAACUUGAUCACCAAGCGGUGCAUGCUCAACGACUCGUGGUUAAAGUUCAAGAAGAUGGCUGAGGAGGACAUCGGGGAUAUUAAGGGAAUGACUCCUCAAGAGCAAAUCGACGUCGGUUGCGUGACGUGCGACUCCACGUUGAACACGUGGGCAAGAAAGCUCUCGGUGGAGGAGGCCUGGAGACUUGAUUACGUGUUGACCAGCCACAAUUUGGAGAUUACCGAUGCCAAGGUUAAGUUUGUCAGUUUGAUCCCAGGCGUGGAGGAGUCCUACCUGGACCACUUUGCGUAUACGAUCAAGUGUGUGUUUGGCGAGACGGAGGUGGAAACUGCGACAAAGGCAAAAAUGAGGCGGGCGAUCCAGAGAGAAACGUACCACCAGUUUUCCGGGGCUAUUAGCGACUACCAGAAGCGGAGAAUUCCGCACGAGAGAAACCGGAGGGUUGCAUACAUGGUAGUAUCUGUUGCUCUUGCGGUGUGGUUGGUGUUUGCCGUUGUAAAAAUGGAUGGGGCGGUCUGGGUAAGGGUGGGACUAUGCGCUCUUAGUUUUGUGUUGGCAUCUUCCGGAUUCGUCAACGGGCUUUUCUUUGGGUUGGGGUUUACCCAGGGAGAAUACAAGACGUUGGAGGAGGUCAGGCAUGAAAUCAUGGAUGAGCUCAGAUGUAUAGAGCUGUAA